UUUUGUUAAAUGAGUAAUUUGGAAGAAGAUCUCUUGAAUGGAACUUCCUCAUUAAGCUUUUUAUCGAAACCGAAGUUAGUAACUCGCUCGAACUCUACAAAGUCGAAAGUAGAUAUGGAAGCAUCAAAAACAGUGCCUUUUGAGCGGAAUAGCAAACCCACGUCUUAUAAACCCCUCAUUCCCCCAACAUUGCCUCCAUCGAGUGAGAUCCAGGAUUCUAGGAAUAGCUCGUAUAGUUCAGAAGUAUCUGAUGAUAGUUAUUCAGCAAAAUCGGAUUAUUCUACUCCAUCCCCCAAGGAUUCACCAAAGAAGAAGCCAGUCGAUGGGGCUCCAAAGCCCCCCAAAGUGAAAACGCUCGAUGACUAUCCUACGGUCACUGCAGACAUUCGAAAUAGCGUGAUGGAAUGUAGCAAUAAUUUACACAAGCUAAUUACCGACUUGUGUAAUGAGAAUAAGUGGUUAAAUAACAUGUACACAGAGAUUCGUGAUUCUCCAUUGGCUGCAGAGAUCAAACAGGAAUAUGAGAAUACCAUAUCGGAUUGGAAGCAGAAAUAUGCGGAUUUGCAGAAGCAGUAUAACGAUGCAUUGGAUGAAAUCGAUUCUCUUCACGCUGAGAAUGCAAAGCUUCAGAGGAGCAACGCCGAUUUGCUGAGUCAAGCAAGACGCGUGAGCCAGCUGGAGCGCGAGCUGAACUCUGCAUCGAUUCGUCGUGACGUGGUCGUGAAAGAGCUGAAGGACACGCAGCAGGAAAUGAGCAAUCUCCAGGCUACAAAGAGGAAGUUGGAGGCGCAAAUCGAUGAGCAGAAGCAGCAGCUGCAAUCGCUGAACAUCGAAGUGAAGACUUUGAAGGCAGAGAAGGAGUCGCAGAGCAGUUCGAUGUCUGGCGUGUAUAGAAGAAGAAGAAGCGAGGAUUCGCAGCAGCGCGGAUCUUAUCGAGGAAGAGAUGACGAGGAUUUGCAGCGAGAUUCUUGGCGGGAAGAUUCACAGCGAGAUUCUUGGCGGGAAGAUUCACAACGAAGCUCUCGAAGAGAGGAUUCACAACGAAGUUCGUAUCGAAAUGAUUCAAACACAAUGGUCGUUUAUUCUCGUCAACCGGAAUUACCGAGAAGGGAUGAACCACAGGUUACAGUACGAUUCUUUUAA